CAAGCAGAAUGUGCUAUACUCAAGUGGUCCCGCUAAUAGGGCUGUGCUUAGCUUUUUGAUUAGACUUCCUUUGUUUAGGGGUAUUUCGUGCGAAUGGACACACUCGUCGCUGAAUUAUAGAUAUCAGUUGAGUUGCGACCGAUUCGUGUGCCGGAAUUGUUUUGAUAUCAUUUGAUGGUCACAUUAUAGUGUUAAAAUAUAAUUUUCCAAGAAAUUCGACCUGACCUCACGAAGUGCGAUCAAAUGUGAUGGAAGGAUAUUUUUUUCCUCAUAUGAAUAUGAAACCGAUAAGAUGUUUUUCUUCUAAGUGAAAUAUUUCCUCAAAACCAUCAUAAGAAAAUUUUGACCACGUGCAAAAAUAACAUUUUCAUCAAAGUGUUUAAAUAAGCUUCAGACUGGAAGUGUAUUGAAAUUAUUAAUUUAUUGCUCCACAAUCAAAACAAAUAUAAUUAAACCAAAACAUCGUAAAAUUAAACUAAAAACCCUUUAAAAAGAAAAGAGACAAGAAGACGCAAAAGUCAAACUGUUUCGAGCUUGUUCCGCAGCCGCUGAUGUUCAUAUCCCCACACCACAGAGUGUGCAAGUGCAACCCUAAGGGAAAAAAAGGAAUUCAAGAAAUCGACGACGACGACGUGCUGAUCAAGUGACAUUGUCAUCAGUCCUAGUGACAGCUUAAGGAUGAAAAAUGAAAACUCUACCAGUGACAAUGACCACAGCGUUCACGAGGACCCAUUUUGUAAGAUUAUGGAAAAGGCCGGAUCCAGUGGGCAUUUUCAAAAUAUGUACAAUGGCAUAUUCAUAGUGGGAUUAUCGUGUUUCGGUGCCAUGAUUUAUAUGAACAUUAUAUUGGCUUUGAAUGUGCCAGAGCAUUGGUGUAAUGUGCCAGGACGAGAAAGGACCAAUUUGACAUUGAACGAAUGGAGGGAUCUCACAUUGCCAAGAGAAAGGAAUAACAGAAAAGUGGAAACUUUUAGCAAGUGUAAAAUGUACGAUAGAAAUUACUCAGAUAUUUCAUGGGCGGUCAACAGCGAGCUUGAUGCUUCUCCAUUGAAUAUAAAAGAGUGUCCUUAUGGCUACAGUUACGAUAAGACAUGGUACGAGCGGACGAUUCCGACCCAAGAGCAUUGGGUCUGUGACAAGGAUAUGUACGUUACCAAUACGUUUGUGGUUAGCCGAGUGACCGAAGUGAUUGGUUCAUUUGUCCUUGGCCAAAUGGGUGACACGUUCGGUCGUCGAGUGGUCUACUACAUCAGUGUUGUAUUGGCAACAAUUGGACGAUCUUUUUCAAUAUUUUCUACCUCAUCAUUCACAAUGUUCCUGAUUACGUCUAGUUUGGUAGCACUUACUGUCAAUAGUCUCUUCCAGUCACCUCUCAUUGUCGGAAUGGAAAUCUCAGGCGAAGACGAUAGAACCAACAUUGCAAUGUAUCAGAGCUUUGGAUGGUCCAUUGGGACCACAUUGAUGCCGUUGCUCUUCUGGGGGCUGCGAGACUGGGUUCCCUUCAUGUGGCUAACAACUUUACCAACUGCAUUGGUCCUCGUUUUUUACAAAUAUGUCAUCGAAUCACCGAGAUGGUUGAUUAGUAAGAGACGCUACGCCGAAGCCCUAGUGCAGUUCAAAACAAUCGCAAACUUCAAUGGCAGGACCUUUACAAUUACCGAAAAGGAGUUAGCUGAGCUGUAUGGCAAUUUAGAAGAGGAGAAGGUGUUUGGUGUGGCGUCCUUGUUCAAUGGCUGGCGGAUAGCAAAGAACACAAUGAUCAUGGGCUUCAGUUGGUGUGUGGUAGCUGUAUCGUAUUUUACCCUGGUCCUUUUUAGCUCGCGAAUGGGUGGAAAUCCCUUCUUGAACUUUUUGCUACAAAGUGUUGUUGAAAUUCCAGCUUAUCUUGUUGGAAAAUAUUUGGGUGACAAAUACGGCCGACGACUUACCAAUAGCGUAUCAUUUUUAAUUUGCUUCAUGUCGUGUAUUCCAGUUGUAAUGUUUUCCCAAAAUCCGCGUUAUGAACAUUUGACAACUUUCAUCGCAGCCUUUAUCAAGUUCCUCAACGCAGUUACAUUUUUCCUAGUCAGUCUGCAAGCCAUGGAAAUAUAUCCAACUUGCUUGCGACAAACUGGAAUCGCAUUGGGCACAAUUCUGUGCAAUGCCAUCGGAGUAUUAGCGCCAUAUUUGGUGCAUUUAGGAACGAAAUAUGACAUCCGGUACCCGUAUUUCAUAUUGGGGAUCAUAUUUCUAAUCGGUGGUUGCAGCGGAUUGUUCCUUCCGGAGACAUUACACAACAAGCUUCCAGAUUCCCUCGAAGAAGCUAAAUCUUUUGGAAAAAAUCAGAAAUUCUUUAGCUUACCUAAGCCGCACCAUCAAAGCGCCGAGGAACUAUCUGCCAAGGAAAAACUCAAUCAACCGAAAUUUGUCCCAUAACACCUCAUUUCAAAUAAUGUAGUUUUCAAAUUAGGACUAUUUCUUUUGUUUUUAUUUUCUUUUUAUUUUGCAUUAGAAUCUAGAAGUUGGAUAAGUUAAAAACAAUAACUGAGAGAGAGUGUGAUACAAUUUUAAAUGUAGGUAGAAGUGCUGCAUGUUUGAUAAAUGUAAAUUUAGAUUAAGUUAUAGUUUAUAUAGAUUAAUUGAAUUUUGUAUAAAAAAUAAAACUCAAACAUAUUUUUGUAUUUCGUUCAGAGCGCAACAACUAUAAAACUGGCGGAAAUUUAAAGCUUUUAUAAAGCAAUUUUUUAUAUGAAAAAUAAAAUAUAUAAAUUGUUUUCAUUAA